UUUCAUGUAUUGAGUCGGAGUUAGCAGUCUAGUUAUACUAUAGAAGUCUGUGGUUAAAGGUUAGAAAUUGAACAUGGGAGCUAAUAAACAAAGUGCAAAAGGUUUUAAAUCACUAUGGCUUCGUUUCGACAUGGAUAGCACGAACAAGCAUGAGCUAUUCAUCAAGGAGCAUUCCGUGAGAAAUCAAGAACUCAAGUAUCCCAAAAACCAAACUCUCUUUGUAUUCAAUGUACCACCGUAUGCAACGACUGACAGUUUGAAAUAUGCAUUUGCCGAGUAUUGCGGAAAUGUACGCUCAGUUACAUUUACAAACGCAAAAGGAUUUAAAACAGCAUAUAUCGUUUUUGAAACAGAGUCCUCCUUGGAUAAGGCAAUGGAACUCUCAAAGGAUUGUGUAAUUACACUCAACAAUGAUAGGAACAUACAUCUUAUAGGAUUAGAAAAAUGGUCCAAAGAAUAUAAUGAUUCCAUAUGCGAUGAACAAAUAACAAGAAGAGAAAUUGAGGAAUAUAUGGCAUUGUACGACAAGAGUAUAAAUGACCGUGUCGCAAGGGAAAAGGAUGCAGAAGAUGAUGAUGGUUGGACAACUGUAACAGGUCGAAAGAAAAGGGGACAGUUUGCACCAAGUAGGAAGGAGUCUACGAUCGGUAAAUUGUUGCAAAAGGAAAAGCAGAGCAAGAAGAAGAAACAGUUGGUCAAUUUCUACACCUUUCAAAUCCGCGAGGCGAAGAAGCAGAACUUGGCAGAAUUGCGAAAAAAGUUCGAGUUGGACAAAAAGAAACUGCAAGAAUUGAAAUUAAAACGGACGUUUAAACCAUUCUAGAUAGAUACUGUGUGUACAAGUAUCGCCUUUCACGAUGUAACAGAUUUAAACAAUAUAAAUGUGUGAUAAGAGAGCUUUGAUGAGCAGUA